AUGAGCCCUCUUUCCCUCCCUGCUAGCCCUCUUUCCCUCCAUGAUAUCCCUCUUUCCCUCCCUGAUAGCCCUCUUUCCCUCCCUGCUAGCCCUCUUUCCCUCCCUGAUAGUCCUCUUUCCCUCCCUGAUAGCCCUCUUUCCCUCCCUGCUAGCCCUUUUUCCCUCCCUGAUAGCCCUCUUUCCCUCCAUGAUAGCCCUCUCUCCCUCCCUGCUAGCCCUCUUUCCCUCCCUGAUAGCCCUCUUUCCCUCCCUGAUAGCCCUCUUUCCCUCCCUGAUAGCCCUCUUUCCCUACCUGCUAGCCCUCUUUCCCUCCCUGCUAGCCCUCUUUCCCUCCUUGCUAGCCCUCUUUUUCUCCUUGCUAGCCCUUUUUCCCUCCCUGCUAGCCCUCUUUCCCUCCCUGCUAGCCUCUUUCCUUCCCUACUAGCCCUCCCUGCUUGCCCUCCCUUCUUGCCCUUCCUGCAUGCCCUCUCUGCUUUCCCUCCCUGUUUGCCCUUCCCUGCUUGCCUCCCUGCUUGCCUUCCCUGUUUGCCCUCCUUGCUUGCCCUCCCUAAUUGCCCUCUCCUCCCUUCUUUCCCUCCCUGCUCGCCCUCCCUGCUCGCACUCCCUGCUCGCCCUCCCUGUUUGCCCUCCCUGCUUGUCCUCCCUUCUUGCCUUCCCUGCUUGCCUUCUCUGCUUGCCUUCUCUGCUUGCCUUCCCGGUGUGCCCUCUGCAGCAUGGUAUGGUGGCAUGUUGCACCACCCCAGUGCUCAACCUAAGUGUUCAACCCCAGUGCUCAACCCCAGUGCUCAACCCCAUUGCUCAACCCCAGUGCUCAACUCCACCGCAACCCCAGCGCAACAAGCGCAACCCCAGCGCAACCCUAGCGUAACCCCAGUGCAACCCCAGUGCGCAACCCCGGUGAAACCAACCCCAGUGCAACCCUGGUGCGCAACCCAGCAAGACAUCUUCCCGUGA